GGACAAAAUUUGCUAUUCUCUUCAAUUGCCCAUUACAAUACUAGAAAACUCUCCCAUAGCAGUUGUUACAAAAUCCCCAAUUCUCCUUGAGAAACACCAAAGAAAGAUAAAAGACGAUGCAAGUUCCUAUUUUUGCUUCCAUUUCGUCGUCAUGGCUAGAAGUCACUUCUUGCCUUUGGGUGGGCUUUCCUGCUUCAUUUUCUUCACGAGCAUUCAUAAUUCAUUCCAAGAAAGAGAAGUAUGGAAAUGGUGAGCACUGGCUCAAGUUCAUGCAGCCAUCCAGGGACACAGCCAAGUGUAAUUCCAGCCCUUUCACAGAUGUGAAUGAAUGCCUGAAUGCCGCGACUUGCCCUUCGAAAUCCACCUGCAGUAACACCGUGGGAAGCUACUUUUGCACCUGUAAACCCGGAUUUGAGUCAAGCAGCGGGGAACAACAUUUCACUGACAUCGGAGUGACUUGCAAAGAUAAGGAUGAAUGUAAGAACUCCACCUUGUGCCCACCUACAGCCACUUGCAAGAAUGUCCCAGGAAGAUACUUUUGUGUCUGCAAACCUGGAUUUGUGUCAAUGGAUGGGAAGAAUCGGUUUACUGGCCCUGGAACUUGCAGGGCAGAUUCAACGACUCCUUCAGGAAUCAACCCUACUUCCUCUACCCUGAGCCAAGAUACAUUUUCAAGAGACUAUAGCCAACCGGACCAGCGUAUCAGCCAGACGACUUCCUCCGGUUCAAUGAAGAUAAAAGAUGUAUCUGAACAUAGAAAUGCUACAAUUUCUUUACAGGAAAUAGCUAAUUCUAUUGGCCACAUCAACAACAUCAUGACCCAGUCAUCUUUGAAAAACAGAAAAGAAACUGCCCUUUUAGCGACGCAGUAUCUUCACAGAGUCCAGCUGGCGGCGUACGAAUCUGCCCUCAACCAGUCCACAGAGGGGAUACAGAGGGUAGCGUUGCCAUUCGUGGUUAUCAAAACACUGACCAUCAAGAAUGGCUGCAGAACAGAAAAUGAGAUGUUUAAAUUAAAGACUGAAAAGGAGUCGAUGGACAUUGCCUGCACCUCCAUCACUGGAGGAGGAAUGGAGGGUGCCGUGGCCUUUAUUUCUUACAAGUCUAUCGAGUCCUUCUUAGACAGCUCGUUUGUAUCUAAGGAAAACCUAAUUCUCGAUGAAAAGGUGGAUCGCUUUCAGCUGAAUUCCAAGGUGGUCAGCGGCACGACGGGGUGCCGGAAGACCUGCUCCCUGGCCACCCCCGUGAACUUCACUUUUCUGCACACACAGUUGACAGGGGAAAGCAAAAAGCCUCUCUGUGUCUACUGGAAUGACAUCUCAUUGGGCUGGUCUAAUGAAGGAUGCCACGCCAUCUUUUACAACGGAACUCAAACCAUUUGCAGCUGCAGCCACCUGUCCACCUUUGCAAUUCUCAUGGCUUCGGUGGUGCUGACGGAGGAUCCUGUGCUAACUGUGAUCACCUACGUGGGGCUCAGCCUCUCUCUGCUGUGCCUCCUCCUGGCAGCCCUCACCUUCCUCCUGUGCCGGCCCAUCCAGAACACCAGCACCUCCCUGCACCUGCAUCUCUCCAUCUGUCUCUUCCUGGCCCACCUCCUCUUCCUCACAGGCAUCGACCGGACGGAGCCCAAGGUGCUGUGCUCCGUCAUUGCAGGUGGGCUGCACUACCUCUACUUGGCCUCCUUCACCUGGAUGUUUCUCGAAGGUCUCCAUCUCUUCCUCACCGUCAGGAACCUCAAGGUGGUCAACUACACCAGCGCAGGCAGAUUCAAGAAGAGGUUCAUGUACCCUGUUGGCUACGGGAUCCCAGCAGUGAUUGUGGCUGUGUCUGCAGGGGUCAAUCCCCGUGGAUACGGCACACCUUUGCAUUGCUGGAUCAACCUACAAAAAGGAUUUAUCCUGAGUUUCAUAGGACCCAUAUCGGUAGUCAUCCUGAUAAACUUAAUCUUCUAUUUGAUAACCCUAUGGAUUUUGAGAGAUCGACUUUCUUCCCUCAAUAGAGAUGUGUCCAAGAUACAAAGCACAAGGAUGCUGACGUUUAAAGCCAUUGCUCAGCUCUUCCUCUUGGGAUGCUCCUGGUGUCUGGGCUUCUUUCUCGUUGAGCUUAUAGAGGAACCAUUCAGGUCGGUCAUUGCCUAUGCUUUCACCAUCAUCAACGUCCUGCAGGGGGUCUACAUCUUCGUGGUCCACUGCCUCCUCAAUCAGCAGGUGAGAGAGGAGUAUGCCAAGUGGUUUAGGAUGAUGAGUAAAGUGCCCGAAUCCGAUAGCUACGUCCUGUCCAGCUCCACCGCCCACACCCACGUGACAUCCAAUUUUAGGGGGAAAAGAAGCAAUACUUCAGACUGAAAAUUUCAGGCCACUCCGUGUCAUCAUCCCAACCAUCCUGGAGAAAGAAUCAGUCGUGUUACUCAAACAUCCAUGAGAACCGCUUCAUGGUCCAGGAGAAUUGUUGGCAGAACGUAUGCUUUGGUUGAAUGAUAUUUUGUGCCUUGCUUCACUUACAGCCCUUACGUUUUCAAUUAAAGUAUUUUACACGCAAACAUAUAGAUCUUAACACAUACAUUUUGAUGAGUUUUCAAAUGUAUAUACUUGGAUAACUAUCCAUCUUAUCAAGCAAAUCAAGAUAUAGAAUGUUUGCAUCACCCCUGAAAGUUCAAUCGUUUAUCCCAUCUUCCACCCCUGAAGCAGUCACUCUUCUGAUUUUUAUCACAGUAGAUUAGUUUUGCCAAUCCUUUAAGUCCAUAGACAUGGAAAUUCACAGGUAUGUCCUCCUGGUAUCUGCCAUGUUUUGCUCAUCGUGAUUUUUUUUUUUUUUGCAAUUCAUCCAUUUCAUGCAUAUAUUGUUAGUCUGAUCCUUUUAUUUGCUGGGUAGUAUUUCACACUAUUACGUCUUGCGAUUUGUUUAUCUAUUCUCCUGCUCAUGUACAUUUGAGUUAUUUCCAUUUUUUUCUAUCAUAAAU